CCCAGGAAGUGGCGAGGCCUGUCGAGGGCAGCGUGGAGGAGGAAGAGGAGGCGCGGCUCAACGCGACCGAGCUCAGGAGGAAGAGGGCGGUGCGCGGCCAAGCGUCGGAGCUCCAGUCAGACUCCGGGGACCCCACGAGGCCGCCCCGCCCGCUGCCCACCCUCCCGAGGCCCCGCCCAGCUCGCCCAUCCCGCCCAUCCCGCCCAUCCCGCCACGGGCUGCCCCGCCUUCCCGCCCUCGUCCAGAAAACCCCGCGCCCGGCCCCGCCCCCGCCUCCGUCGGGGCCCCUCCCCUCCCCUCCCCUCCCCUCCCCUCCCCUCCCCUCCCCUCCCCGCCGGCGCCUCGGGCGGCUUCUCGCCGCUCCCAGGUCUGGCUGGCCGGAGGAGUCUCAGCUCAGCCGCUCGCCCGCCGCCGCUCCGGGCCCUCCCCUAGUCGCCGCUGUGGGGCAGCGCCUGGCGGGCGGCCAGCGGGCGGGUCGCCUCCCCUCCUGUAGCCUACACCCUUCUUAAAGCGGCGGCGGGAAGAUGAGGCUUCGGGAGCCGCUCCUGAGCGGCAGCGCCGCGAUGCCCGGUGCGUCCCUACAGCGGGCCUGCCGCCUGCUCGUGGCCGUCUGCGCUCUGCACCUUGGCGUCACCCUCGUUUACUACCUGGCUGGCCGCGACCUGAGCCGCCUGCCCCAGCUGGUCGGAGUCUCCACACCGCUGCAGGGCGGCUCGAACGGUGCCGCCGCCAUCGGGCAGCCCUCCGGGGAGCUCCGGACCGGCGGGGCCCGGCCGCCGCCUCCUCUAGGCGCCUCCUCCCAGCCGCGCCCGGGUGGCGACUCCAGCCCAGUCGCGGAUUCUGGCCCUGGCCCGGCUAGCAACUUGACCUCGGUCCCAGUGCCCCACACCACCGCACUGUCGCUGCCCGCCUGCCCUGAGGAGUCCCCGCUGCUUGUGGGCCCCAUGCUGAUUGAGUUUAACAUGCCUGUGGACCUGGAGCUCGUGGCGAAGCAGAACCCAAAUGUGAAGAUGGGCGGCCGCUACGCCCCCAGGGACUGCGUCUCUCCUCACAAGGUGGCCAUCAUCAUUCCAUUCCGCAACCGGCAGGAGCACCUCAAGUACUGGCUAUAUUAUUUGCACCCAGUUCUGCAGCGCCAGCAGCUGGACUAUGGCAUCUAUGUUAUCAACCAGGCGGGAGACACUAUGUUCAAUCGUGCUAAGCUCCUCAAUGUUGGCUUUCAAGAAGCCUUGAAGGACUAUGACUACACCUGCUUUGUGUUUAGUGACGUGGACCUCAUUCCAAUGAAUGACCAUAAUGCGUACAGGUGUUUUUCACAGCCACGGCACAUUUCUGUUGCAAUGGAUAAGUUUGGAUUCAGCCUACCUUAUGUUCAGUAUUUUGGAGGUGUCUCUGCUCUAAGUAAACAACAGUUUCUAACCAUCAAUGGAUUUCCUAAUAAUUAUUGGGGCUGGGGAGGAGAAGAUGAUGACAUUUUUAACAGAUUAGUUUUUAGAGGCAUGUCUAUAUCUCGCCCAAAUGCUGUGGUCGGGAGGUGUCGCAUGAUCCGCCACUCAAGAGACAAGAAAAAUGAACCCAAUCCUCAGAGGUUUGACCGAAUUGCACACACAAAGGAGACAAUGCUCUCUGAUGGUUUGAACUCACUCACCUACCAGGUGCUGGACGUACAGAGAUACCCAUUGUAUACCCAAAUCACAGUGGACAUCGGGACACCGAGCUAGCGUUUUGGUACAUAGAUAAGAGACCUGAAAUUAGCCAGGGACCUCUGCUGUGUGUCUCUGCCAAUCUGCUGGGCUGGUCCCUCUCAUUUUUACCAGUCUGAGUGACAGGUCCCCUUCGCUCAUCAUUCAGAUGGCUUUCCAGAUGACCAGGACGAGUGGGAUAUUUUGCCCCCGACUUGGCUCGGCACGUGACUUCUUAGCUCUGCAAGGUGUUUAUGCCUUUGCGGAUUUCUUGAUGUGUUCGCAGUGUCACCCCAGAGUCAGAACUGUACACAUCCCAAAAUUUGGUGGCCAUGGAACACAUUCCCGGUGAUAGAAUUGCUAAAUUGUUGUGAAAUAGGUUAGAAUUUUUCUUUCAAUUAUGGUUUUCUUAUUCGUGAAAAUUUGGAGAGUGCUGCUAAAAUUGGAUUGGUGUGAUCUUUAACAGAAAAACACAAAAUUUCAACUAUUGUUAAUGUUACGUCCUCCCCCCACCCCCUUCUUUCAGUGGUAUGCAACUACUACAAUCACUGUGCAUAUGUGUUUUCUUAGCAAAAGGAUUUUAAAACUUGAGCCCUGGACCUUUUGUCCUAUGUAUGUGGAUUCCAGGGCAACUCUAGCAUCAGAGCAAAAGCCUUGGGUGUUCUCACAUUCAGUGGCCUAUCUCCAGAUUGUCUGAUUUCUGAAUGUAAAGUUGUUGUGUUUUUUUUUUUAAUAGUAGUUUGUGGUAUUUUAAAGAAAGAACAGAUCGAGUUCUAAUUAUGAUCUAGCUUGAUUUUGUGUUGAUCCAAAUUUGCAUAGCUGUUUAAUGUUAAGUCAUGACAAUUUAUUUUUCUUGGCAUGCUAUGUAAACUUGAAUUUCCUAUGUAUUUUUAUUGUUGUGUUUUAAAUAUGGGGAGGGGUAUUGAGCAUUUUUUAGGGAAAAAAAUAAAUAUAUGCUGUAGUGGCCACAAAUAGGCCUAUGAUUUAGCUGGCAGGCCAGGUUUUCUCAAGAGCAAAAUCACUCUCUGGCCCCUUGGCAGGUAAGGCCUCCCGGUCAGCAUUAUCCUGCCAGACCUCAGGGAGGAUACCUGGGAGACAGAAGCCUCUGCACCUACUGUGCAGAACUCCCCACUUCCCCAACCCUCCCCAGGUGGGCAGGGCGGAGGGAGCCUCAGCCUCCUUAGACUGAUCCCUCAGGCCCCUAGGCUGGGGGGUUGUAAAUAACAGCAGUCAGGUUGUUUACCAGCCCUUUGCAACUCCCUAGGCAAGGGAGCCUCUGUUCUAGUGGGGGCCACCUCCCUCAGAGGCUCUGCUAGCCACACUCCCUGGCCCACCCUAUAUUACCAGUUCUCCUUCUUCCUCCUUCCUCUUUUCCCCUGCCUUUCUCAUUCCUUCCUUCCUCUCCCUUUUUUGUUCCUUUGCCUCUUGCCCGUCCCCUAAAACUUGACUGUGGCACUCAGGGUCAAACAGACUAUCCAUUCCCCAGCAUGAAUGUGCCUUUUAAUUAGUGAUCUAGAAAGAAGUUCAGCCGAACCCGCACCCCGACGCCCUCCCAAGAACUUCGGUGCCUAAAGCCUCCUGUUCCACCUCAGGUUUUCACAGGUGCUCCCACCCCAGUUGAGGCUCCCACCCACAGGGCUGUCUGUCACAAACCCACCUCUGUUGGGAGCUAUUGAGCCGCCUGGGAUGAGAUGGCACAAGGCACUUCCUACCACUGAGCGCCUUUGCCAGAUCCAGCCUGGGCUCAGGUUCCAAGACUCAGCUGCCUAAUCCCAGGGUUGAGCCUUGUGCUUGUGGCGGACCCCAAACCACUGCCCUCCUGGGUACCAGCCCUCAGUGUGGAGGCUGAGCUGGUGCCUGGCCCCAGUCUUAUCUGUGCCUUUACUGCUUUGCGCAUCUCAGAUGCUAACUUGGUUCUUUUUCCAGAAGCCUUUGUAUUGGUUAAAAAUUAUUUUCCAUUGCAGAAGCAGCUGGACUAUGCAAAAAGUAUUUCUCUGUCAGUUCCCCACUCUAUACCAAGGAUAUUAUUAAAACUAGAAAUGACUGCAUUGAGAGAGAGUUCUGGGAAAUAGAAUGAAAGCCUCUCUUUCUGUCCGCAGACCUGACUUUUCCAAAGUGCCUUAAAAGAAAUCAGACAAAUGCCCUGAGUGGUAACUUCUGUGUUAUUUUACUCUUAAAACCAAACUCUACCUUUUCUUGUUUUUUUUUUUGUUGUUGUUGUUACCUUCUCAUUCAUGUCAAGUAUGUAGGUCAUUCUUAGAACCAAGGGAAAUACUGCCUCCCCCAUUUGCUGAUGUAGUGCUCUCAUGGGCUCACCUGGGCCCAAGGCACAGCCAGGGCACAGUUAGGCCUGUAUGUUUGCCUGAUCCGUGAGAUGCCACGGGUCCUGUUUCCUUACUGGGGAUUUCAGGGCUGGGGGUUCAGGGAGCAUUUCCUUCUCCUGGGAGUUAUGACCGUGAAGUUGUCAUGUGCCAUGCCCUUCUCUGUUUCUGUGUAUCCUAUUGCUGGUGACCCUUUGUGAACUGGCCUUUGGGAAAGAUCGAAGAGGGCAGAGGUGGCACAGGAGGGUAAAGGAGAUGCUGUGCUGGCCUUCAGCCCGGACAGGGUCUCUGCUGACUGCCAGGGGCGGGGGCUCUGCAUAGCCAGGAUGACGGCUUUCAUGUCCCAGAAACCUGUUGUGCUGUGUAUUUUGAUUUCCUGUGUAUGCAAAUGUGUGUAUUUACCAUUGUGUAGGGGGCUGUGUCUGACCUUGGUGUUCAAAACAGAACUGUAUUUUUGCCUUUAAAAUUAAAUAAUAUAACAUGAAUAAAUGACCCUAUCUUUGUAA